GAUGGAGGUGUGGUUUGCAGAUAGGAGGAGCUACAAAAGCCUGUUAAUGUUUCUCUGGCUGUGAGGAAGUCGCCACCUCUCCUCUCCUCUGCUCAUCAGUGAAGCUUCUAGAGGAGCUUGAUAUUUCAUAACCACGCACCAGCUGUUAUUCAGAGUGUUUGCUGAAGAUGGGAGAACAAGAUCCAAGUGACAGGCUGAAAGGGGACCAGCCAAAAGAGCUGAAGGAAAACGGCAUGGGAAGUUUCUCCCAGUUCUCCUCAAGCGUACGCGCCAUGGUGCGCAUUCGCCAGAAGUACCAGGCCAUGAAGAAACGGCGUCUGGAGAUGCCGCAGGUCAUCAUUUCUCCACGGUCCACCAGCCCAAAGUAUUUCACAUUUGAAAAUGUUGACGAGACUCUAAACAGAAAACCCACUUCCCCACGCAAGCGAAAGAAAAAGAGGAAGGUCAUGUAUCCGAACAGCAAUUUGAGAGCUGUACCCACAAAAAAGAGCAGCCGUGCAAAGAACUGCCUGUACUUGUUGUGCAUCAUCGUCUUUCUACAGGUUUACAACGCCAUCGAGAACUUGGACGACCACGUGCUCAAAUAUGAUCUAGAUGGUCUGGAGAAGACCCUUAAAAGGGAAGUGUUUGGCCAACAUGAAGUGACGGAGCGCCUUCUGGGUCAUUUACAUGAUUAUUUGUCAACUUAUGUACACAAUAAACCUUUGGUGUUGUCGCUUCACGGACCUACUGGAGUUGGGAAGAGCCACGUUGGCCGAUUACUGGCUCAGCAUUUCCGCUCAGUUGUUGGAGAGGAGCUGGUGAUGCAGUACUUUGUGCUGCACCAUUGCCCAACAGACGACGAUAUCCCAAAAUGCACCAAAUCUCUGGACUCUAACAUCUCGGAAAUGGUCACACAAGCUGAGGAAGUGGAGAAGAUACCGGUCUUCAUCUUCGAUGAAGUGGAACACAUGCCCAGGGAGUUGCUGGACACGUUGCGAGACUUGAUUCAUCCCCAAAACAACAAUGAAUACUUAAAUGCCAUCUACAUCCUCAUCAGUAACCUGGGACAUGAAGAUAUCACCAAGUUUGUCCUUCACAACUCCAGCGUCGCCGUCUUAGGCCGUCUGAGCUUGAGUCAGGAGCUGACGCCUUGGUUACACAGUUACCUUCAAAGAUACCACAUGCUAUUUUUGGAAGCAGAGUUCCUGCCCUUUAUGCUUUUGGAGAAGAGCCACGUAAUGGAUUGUUUUUUUGAAGAGAUGUCCAGGGAAGGAUUCUACCCGGAUCGAUCACAUGUAGAAAGACUUGCGGAAGAACUAUCAUACUAUAUAGUUGGCGAACGGGAGUUUUCUCACACCGGAUGCAGGCAGGUUGUGGCAAAAGUGAACCUUCUCUGAAACCAAAUCUGCCGUGCAGAUGGGCAACGUGAGGGAAAAGUUAUUGGUUGGACUUUGAGAUUUCAUUUUAUUGUACAUUCAACAUUUUGUUCUUUGUGAAAAAACUUUUGUUGUUCAUACACUACUGGUCAAAAGUUUGGGGCCGGUAUUUAAUGUUUUGAAAGAAGUCUCUUAUGCUCACUAGUACUGCAUUUAUGUGAUUAAAAAUGCAGUAAAACAGUAAUAUUGUGAAAUAGUAUUUCAAUUUAAAAUAACUGUUUUUUAUUUAAAUAUAUUUUAUAAUGUAAUUUAUUCCUGUGAUGGCAAAGCUGAAUGUGUGCUGCUUCAUACUUUUGUGGAAACUGUGGAAAAAAAUAAAAUGCAAACCGUGAUACGUUGGAUAUCGUCAGGAUUCUUUGAUGAAAGUUCAAAUGAACAGCAUUUAUUUGAAACAGAAAUGAUUAAAAGUAUUAAUUUCUUUUAAAAGAAAAACAAAAAACUGACCCCAAACUUUUGAACUGUGGUGUAUUUUUCCUUAUACAUUUACUGUGAAUUAGGUCCUCGAAACAAGCACAACUCUAAAUAACACAAACAACACAACAUUUUUCUUUGUUUAUUAGAAUUUAUUUUCCACUGGAAAAAUGAGGUACAAAGACCAAGAUAAUUGUAUAAUUAGUGUAUGUAUAUAUAUAUAUAUAUAUAUAGUACCCAUCAAAAGUGGACACAUUACUAUUUUUGAUCAAAAAUACAGAAAAACAGCAAUAUUGUGAAAUAUUUUUACAAUUUAAAAUAAAGCCCUGGGUAUACUUUGUUUUUUUACGCGCACAGUCUAUGAUGUUUAUUACAUUAAGUGCACAAACAAAAUGCUUGAAAUAUAAAAUGAAUGCCUUUGUAUUGCAUAAUAAAACAAACUGGAAACAGAUGUUGGAAACAAAAAACAUACCUAAUAUAAUAUAAGCUAAGCUAGCAGGCUAAUCGGGUAGACGUAUGCCAUGCUAGUACAAAAGCUACAAAAAAAACCAGUAAGAACGAGAUAUGCUUUAUUUCAAAACCUAUAGCUUCAGUUAUAUACUAGUAUAUAUGAAUCAUGUAAUUUAAAAGACAUUAAAGGUCAUUAUAACACAUUUUAAAUGAUAUAAAUCAUAACGUGACUUUUGCAGGAAUUAUAAUCAGGCGCUAAAAAUACUACCCAUUAAAAGUCUGUUGAACCAAUGGGAUCACUUGGGGUCCUGAAGGAGACCCGAUUCCUGGGGGGACUCGAUUUCCUGGGGGGAGAUUUGCGUCACACGCACUGUACGCUGAUCAAUGCAUACGCGUAAAAAGUUAACUAUACUUUGGGCUUAAUGGUUUUCUAUUUUAUUAUACUUUAAAAUAUAAUUUAUUUCUGUGAUACAAAGCUGAAUUUUGAUUAGCCAUUACUCCACCCUUUAGUGUCACAUGAUCCUUCAGAAGUCAUUCUAAUAGACUUUUGAUCAAAUAAAUGCAGGCUUGAUGAGCAUAAAGGACUUCUUUCAAAAACAUAGAAAUGUGUCCAAACUUUUGUGCUAUAUAUAUAUAUAUAUAUGUGUGGUAAAAGCAGUUGGUAUGUACAACGCAUUGAUACCUGUACCCAUAAAGUGCUUGAUGAUCAAAUUGCUGUUUUGUACACCAGAACACAUUUGAAGUGGGUUGCUAGCAUGAUUUUUCCCACAGUAAAGAGUUGCUUUCUAACCAUCAAUGAGUGUGUAAGAUAAGAAAGUAUUGCAAGCUCUAAAAAUACACAUGCUGUCUUGUCAGUUUCCUGUGAGCUGUCUACGCCUAAAGCUCUAUAAGUGCGGCGUCACUCUAAUGCUGCAUCCUGAGAAAUAAUCUCAACUACCAUCAUGCAUUUUCUGACCUUCAGUCAACAACGCAAUAAAACAAAUGUAAGUGCUUAGCAUGCACUGACAUCACCAGAGAAACACUCCAAAUGUUUCUACCAUGCUUGCAAAUCUACCAUUACUUGUGUAUUUUGGUUUGCUGCAGGUGGUCUACAGUAAAUAUCCGACCAUCGUUAAAUAAAUUUGCUGACCGGCAAAUAUUUCCCUUAGAAGGCCAGAUCAGAUCAGAUCAGAAUCACUCAACUCCCACAGACUUGCAAAAACCAUCAACAUGCCGCUAAGUGUUGUUAGUCAUCAGGUGCUAGUGUGUGAUGCAGGAGGGUUGUGAGGACUGGGUCUCUCGUCUUCAGUGUCUUUUGCACUACGGCAGCUACGCUUCCAGCUCAAAACCCAGUCCAACCUUGUGUCCGCCGGUGUUGAAGUUUUUUCCAUCGAUGAGAGCCGAGAGAGUGAGUUUCACCCCUUGACAAUGAGAAAGAGAAUAUGAGACAUUAAAGGGAUAAUAAAUGUCUUAAACAACUUAAACGCUAGUGACAACAAGUAUGAAAUGAAAUUAGUGUCCUGCAUUUGCAUACCAUUUAUGAAAUAUUGCUAUUUUUAAGUGUUUUUUUUACUAUUUUUUAGUGAAAAUGUAUGCAGUAUGCAAAAAUAAAUGUUUUAAACAGUA